UUACCUGUUUUUUGGAAGACACAUUGAAUCACCUUUUGUUAUUUCUGUCUAAGAGUGGCGAAAGUUGUACCGAUUUUCGGUAGCUUGUUCUAAGUUUCAGAAUUUUCCUGUGACUUUUAGAAACGAUGUGCUCCCUAGAUGGCUAUCGUGGAGCUUGCAAUGGCUCUUUGUUUACUAAAGAUACCUUCACUCACGAAGACUGGUACCUCCUUAAAUUAAGGACCAAAGCACCUGUUCUCAUAAAAGUGUGUAAAAACCAUAGGAUGAACUAUCUUUUUUUCUAUGCAUCUAAUCAAAAGAAGUGUUGCGAUCCAUACAGUCGCCACCACAAACCUGUUGAUGGAACCAGAGAGAUAACAAUGCAUAUGCAUAUGAAGAGCAAAGCUUGUACUCUCUUUUCCACUUUAAUUCCCGGCCAAAAACUUUGCAAAAAUUGUUAUAGUAUGAUAUCUAGUGAGCUCGCUAAGAUUUUCUCAGACUCAUCUCCUGCCGACUCUCAAGAGCGGUUCCAAACAUCUGGGGAAUUAGCAGCUCGGGUUGUUGCUGUGGCAGGCUCAGUUGGAAAUGUGAUUGGAGUACCUACUCCUCCCGAAGCAAAUUUAGACCUUGACCAGCAGGAAGCGGGAACAGCUCGUGAUUCAACUUCAUCCAGAGGCCACCAAGGAGCUCCACCAAGUAAGCCAAUGGACGAAUCACAAGAUCUUUUUGCUGAUGAAGAGGAAGACGGACAACUAGAAAAGGAAGAGAAAGAAGGACAACAUAAAAAAGAAGAGGAAGGAGAACAACAUAAAUACAACACCAGAUCCACAGAUCCUGCAGCUUCCAAAGACAAAAACCGAGGCAAACCAAAUUUGGGCGAGGGAAUGUCAAGUAGUUCAAGCUCUGAAGAAGUUGUCUACACUCUAGGUUACCUUCCGAGUCACAGUCAAGAGGCUUUAAAGAAGUUGGGUGUUGUGACAGAUGCUGUUGUUGAGUCUCCCAUUCAGAAGAGGAAACUGGCCGGACAAACCUAUGCACCCAAUAAGAUUCAAAAAAUAGAGGACAAACUUGAGGACUUAUUCAUAGAAGCAGGUGCUUCCCCUUCAAUCAAGACACCUGAGAAACUGUUUCAGACUCAAACUAUGGAUGCAUUAAUGCACAAAUUUGAGGUUUCCAAAAGCAAAGCAGAGAAAAUUAGGGUUUUGUCUGUCGCUUUAGUCUCUAUGACACAAACAGCAGUGCUGGAAACGUUUGGACCAGUGGGAGCCACUAGCUACAUGAUUAAGAAAACUGCAGAAUUGAUGAAAUUGGAUAAUCAAGGUAUUCUUCCUGUUCCUGUGCCAAAGAAAGGUCGUCCUCUGCCUGAAGAAACUGUAAAAGCAAUACAAUCAUUUUAUGAAGAUGAUGAGCACGCAAGUAGGGUGAUGCCAGGAAAAAAGGAUUUUGUUUGUGUUCUGGAAAAUGGAGUGGGGAUUCAGAAACAAAAGAGACUUGUCCUGUGCAACUUGAAAGAACUGCAUGUAUUAUUUGAGAAGCACACUGGCAUUAAAGUAUCAUUUUCAACAUUUGCAAAACAUAGGCCAAAGCACUGUGUUCUAGCUGGAGCUGCAGGCACCCACACUGUCUGUGUUUGCAAAUACCACCAGAACUUUAAGCUCAUGAAUGAUGCCAUUGAUAUGAAAGAAUGUGAUGAAAAGUUUUGCUCGUACAAGGAUGUGAUGGCUUCGGUAUUGUGUGAUCCUCCAACUGCAGACUGCUAUCUCAACGCAUGCUGUCCAAAGUGUCCAGGAUUUCAGCCGUUGCAAAAGAAGAUGUUGGAGUACCUUGAUGCAAACUUUAUCGACACUUUAACGUAUGAUCAAUGGACCUCCACUGACCGCUGUGACCUGGAGACUCUGCUUAAGAAAUCUGAUGAUUUUGUGGAAACCUACAUUGAAAAGUUGAAGAUACUGCUGCCUCAUCAUCACAUUGCUAAGGAGCAAGCUGCAUACUUAAGAAAAGCCAAAGAAGAAUUAAAACAAGGGGAGGUCCUUGUUAUUUGUGACUUUGCUGAGAACUACACAUGUCUUGUGCAAGACUCCAUCCAAAGCUAUUACUGGAAGCAGGACCAGGUCACACUUCAUCCCUUCUGUGCCUACUACAAAGAUGAGAACUAUGAGUUGAAACAGGUAUCAUACACAAUUGUCUCAGAAUAUAUGAAGCAUUCUAUUACAGCUGUCCAUACAUUUCAAAAGAAACUUGUUGAGUUCCUGAGACCAAUUGUACCUGGUAUGAAGUUAAUUAAGUACUUUUCAGACGGAGCUGCACAGCAAUAUAAAAAUCGAUUCAAUGUAAUGAAAAUAGACUAUCAUGAAAAGGACUUUGGUGUCAAGGGUGAGUGGAACUUUUUUGCAACCUCCCAUGGAAAGGGUCCCUGCGAUGGCCAAGCUGGUGCCCUUAAAAGAGAAGCAUGCAAAGCCAGCCUUCAAAUGAAAUUGAUUAGAAACCCAACAGAGUUCUACAAGUGGGCAAAAGCACGCCAGGACACACAAGAUGGAACUAAAGUGUGCUUUGUCUCGUCACAAGAAGUACUUGAAUGUGAAGCUGAUCUAGAGCCAAGAUUUGCCAGAGCUCUCAAGAUCCCUGAUCUAAGAAGUUCCCAUGCAUUUAUACCUAAUGUUCCCAGUGAAGUUGAAACCAAAAUACUGUCAUCUGCCGUCUCUGGAACAAUUGUACCUGUAGAGUUGAAGAGAAAGGAGCCGUUAGCAGAACAUCGAACCCCUGGCCAGUGUGUAACGGUAGUUAGUGGGGCUGGUUGGAAGCCAGCACUAAUACGUUAAGUUAAUCAUUCAUCAAGCAAAAUUUCAGCAGUGUUUUUAAGAAAGAAAAGAGAAGUGCCUGAUAAAUUUGCUGCCCCACCUCAAAAUUCAGAAAUAAAGCAAUUUCAGUUCAAGGAAAUUUUAACCAUUCUGAACUCUCAACUGGCGGAUGGACUCUACCAUAUAUCCAAGAAUGAGAAAAUCAAGGCAGCUUGGCGACUUCAAUCGUUUCAAGAGCUAAUUCAAGCUGGAGAAGAAGUGAACGUUCAGCCAUCACCAGAACAGCCAGCACCAAGAUUUUUGUGGGCUGAUGUCUCAGCAGAACAGUUUGUCAUAGUUCAACAUGAAGAUUCUUGGAUUUUUGGGCAAAUUCUCUCUCUUGAUGCUUCUAGCCAGGAAAUUCUUGUGGCAUGCUCAGUGAAAACACAGUCUAAAUACAAGUUCACUUUUCCUGAAGAUGCAGACCAGUGGCCCUUCCAGUUGAGAGAAUUAGUAUCAAUAGUUCAACCAAAAAUUGAAAGUAAGGUCUACAUCUUGUCCAAAAAUAAUCUGAAAAAUAUUGAGAAAAUACUCUAUUAGUAGUUCAAUUCCAGAAAAGGAACAUUUCUUUAUUUUGUUACAGACCUUGUCUAACAAUUGACAUUAAAGCUCAAAUUUGAAAAAUAUUAUU